AUGCUAAGAAGAGCGGAAGAUAUGAAACAGAUAUCAAGAAUUAGCAUUCGUAGAAGAGGGCCGUCUGCAUCCCACCUAUUUUUUGCUGAUGAUACACUAAUCUUCUGGAAAGCAAUCCCAAGUCAGGCUGAAGAAUUGAUGAAGAUUUUGGCAAAACAUGAGAAAGGAUCAGGUCAGAGGAUAGACUUUGACAAAUCAUUUGUAUUCUUCAACAAGAAUGUACCUGAGGAGAAGCAAGUAAAGUCAGUCGGUUGGGAAACAUUUAGAAGGUUAGCCAAGGACCAGAAUAGGAGAGCCAAUUUGCCAGAUAUGUGGGGAAGGAACACCUGUUCUUUUUCUGCAAUCAAGCAAAGGAAGUCUAAAGAUUGGCUCCAUUGCAAUGGGAUGGACUUGCAGAUUAUAGAGAAAAUUUCAAUAAAUGGUGGUGUGGCCUAA